AUGUUCCUUCUGCUGACGGGAGCAUUACUGGCGUUAUCCGUAUUUGGAGGGACCCAAGGAAACACGCCUGUUUCUUACUUGGGAUGUUACCGAGAAUCUAAAAAUCACCCCCUCUUUAAUAGAGUGUAUUUUGAUCCCAGAAGAACCAGUUAUCCAUCAAGGCGACCGAGUUUGAGUUCCAUGAUUCAGAUCUGUGCUCGUGAAGCCGUUAAGAAAAAGUACUCUUACUUUGCAAUCAAAAGAUGGCGUCAGUGUACGUGGGGACGAAAGGGACUUAGCAUCACCCGGAGAAGGAAAUGCAGAAAUCGAUGUCACAAUGGCGUCGGCAGACUGCGGUAUGCUGCAGUCUACAGGAUACAGAAAGCUUCAGGUUAUUGUUUUCAUUAG